AUGACACAAAACUCCAGUAUGAUAAGUUUGCCAAAUGACAAAAUGAUAUUAAAUGUUGCAUCAAACGAUACUUCUUGUGAAAAUGAUUUGAAUCCAUUAUUAGCAAAAGAAAAUAACAAACAAAUUACAAAUAUGACAGAAAAACAAAUCAUUGAAAAUUUAUUUUUAUCAAGAAAUCAACAACACUAUUUUUCUAAUGGAUUUAAUGAACAUCUAUCAAAACUGGUUGAUCUCAACUUGUGCAACAGUCAACUUCAUGAUUUACCAAACUACCUAAAUAUGCUAAAAGGAUUAACAUAUUUAAAUUUAAAUAAUAAUAAUUUUGUUUCUCUCCCAAAUGUAAUCUGUGAAUUAUGUAACUUGAAAAAAUUAUGGGCUUGUGAAAAUCAAAUACAACGAAUUCCAAGCAAUUUAGGUAAUUUGACUAACUUAGAAAUUUUGUCCUUAAAUAUGAAUCAAUUAACUGAUCUUCCAAAUUCAUGUGCAAAAUUAAAUCGAUUAGAAGUUUGUUACAUCAGUUGCAAUUUAUUUAAAAGGAUACCAAAGUGUGUGGCCAAAGGAAUGAAAAAUUUGCAAAUUCUUGACUUCUCUCAAAAUUGGAAUUCAGAAUUGAAUAUCUAUCCCAGGAGUGUUAAUUUAACCAUGUUUUAUGCAAAUGGGAAUAGUAUUUCCCCCUCAUUUCCAAAAUGGAUACUGAGUCCCAAGUAUAAAAAGCUCCAUACAGUGUCAUUGAAUGACACAAGAUUUCGAACAUUCAAUUUACCAAAGAAGUCAACAAUAUCCUAUGUUAAAAGAUUAUCAAUGAAGCAAUGCAAUCUUAGUGAGGUAUUUCUUGAAACCAUAAUAUCUGGAAUGAUAAAUCUUGAGGAACUGACAGUUGGAAAUGAAAAAUUCAAAUACCAAAAUUAUUUUCCAACCAUGCCCAUCAGGACAAAGAAGAGACCAUCUAGUUUGAAAGAAAUUGAUAUGCGUAAUACAGGGCUUCCAGUAGUAUGUGAAAUAAUAAAUAAAUUUGUUAAUCUAACUAAUAUAAACUUAAGCUUCAAUAAUAUUCACUUUUUGCCAGAAGAAAUUUGUUCUUUGAAGAAUUUGAGCAGGUUAAUAAUGGAUAAUAAUAAAUUAAUGAACCUUCCUGAGAAAAUUGGAGAAUUAAUGUUGCUAAAGGAAUUAAAACUGCGCCAUAAUCAUUUGAGCAGACUGCCUGACAGUGUGAAAUUCUUGAAAAACUUGGAAUAUAUGGAUCUGUAUAAUAAUGACUUUGAAACAGUACCAGAAGUGAUACUGAACUUGCCAAAACUGAAAGGAUUAGAUCUUGAACAAAAUUACUUCCAGACUGAAAAUUUGUGGCACACUAGGGAUCUUUGUUAUGAACAUAUGAGAGAAACUUUGAGAAACUAUUGGUUGGACUCCUUAUUUGGCUAUGAAUCCAUCUGUGGACGAAAAGAGUGUCCAUCAUUGGACAAUGAAAUUAAUUCACCAUCAUCGUUGAGAUCCUAUGAGAGUAAUUUCUCAGCAGAGAAACAUACUUUGUGCUCAGUAUCAGAAACGACAUAUAAUGAGUUGUUGAAAGAACAUUGGGAUACCUCAGAAGAUUCGAGCGACGAAUUUGAUCCCCAUGAGUAUAAGAACUUGAAGAAACAGUAUUAUUCUGCUUUCACAUUUUAUACUCCAGUUCAGCAAAUGUAUUGCCCUGCAAUAUUCCAUGAAAUCAGUGUCCAAACACGAGUUAAAAAUAUGUUGCAAAGUGGGGUUUUAGUUUGGUCAUCAAACUAUGAGGAAGAUCAGUUCGAAGAUCCCUAAACCAGA